CCACAGCAUGGCGGGGGCGGGGCUGGGGGAGGCGCGCUCCGAGAAGGCCGGGGAGUCCCUCGCCUCGGCCCUUUGAGCCCGGACCGGACAGAGAUGUGAUAAUGGAUCAUCAUGUUUCCACCAUCAAACCUCGAAGAAUCCAAAACCAAAAUGUCAUUCACCGCCUGGAACACCGGCGGAUCAGUUCAGGCAAGGCAGACACCCACUGGCACCAGGUCCGAGUGUUCCACCAGAAUGUCUUCCCCAACUUCACGGUCGUCAAUGUUGAAAAGCCGCCUUGUUUCUUGCGUAAAUUCUCACCUGAUGGACGCUACUUCAUUGCUUUCUCUUCAGACCAGACAUCUCUCGAAAUCUAUGAGUACCAGGGCUGCCAGGCAGCUGAGGACCUACUGCAGGGCUAUGAGGGGGAGAUCCUGUCCAAUGGCAAUGACCAGCGGUCAGUCAACAUCCGUGGCCGGCUCUUCGAACGCUUUUUCGUCCUGCUGCACAUUACCAAUGUGGCGGCCAAUGGCGAGCACCUGAACCGGGAGUGCAGCCUCUUCACUGAUGACUGCCGCUGUGUCAUCGUGGGCUCAGCUGCCUAUCUCCCAGACGAGCCUCACCCUCCUUUUUAUGAAGUAUAUUGGAACAGUGAGUCCGUGACCCCCAACCCCCGGUCCCCCCUGGAGGACUACUCCCUCCAUAUCAUUGACCUUCAUACUGGCCGCUUAUGUGAUACACGUACCUUCAAGUGUGACAAAGUGGUCCUGUCACACAACCAAGGGUUGUACUUGUAUAAGAACAUCCUGGCCAUCUUGUCAGUGCAGCAGCAGACCAUCCAUGUCUUCCAGGUGACUCCUGAAGGCACGUUCAUUGAUGUGAGGACCAUUGGCCGCUUCUGCUAUGAGGAUGACCUGCUCACUGUGUCAGCUGUUUUUCCUGAGGUGCAGCGGGACAGUCAGACAGGCAUGGCCAAUCCUUUCAGGGAUCCCUUCAUCAACUCCCUGAAACACCGGCUGCUCGUGUACCUUUGGCGCCGGGCAGAGCAGGAUGGUAGUGCAAUGGCCAAGAGGCGCUUCUUCCAGUAUUUUGACCAACUACGGCAGCUGCGCAUGUGGAAAAUGCAGCUUCUGGAUGAAAACCAUCUGUUUAUCAAGUAUACUAGUGAGGAUGUCGUAACCCUGCGGGUCACAGAUCCAUCACAGGCAUCUUUCUUUGUGGUGUACAAUAUGGUGACAACAGAGGUGAUCGCUGUGUUUGAGAAUACAUCAGAUGAGCUUUUGGAGCUGUUUGAGAACUUCUGUGAUCUCUUCCGUAACGCUACCCUGCAUAGUGAAGUCCAAUUUCCCUGCUCAGCUUCCAGCAACAAUUUUGCAAGGCAGAUCCAGCGCCGGUUUAAAGACACUAUUGUAAAUGCCAAGUAUGGAGGGCACACGGAGGCAGUACGCCGGCUGCUGGGUCAGCUCCCCAUCAGCGCCCAGUCUUACAGUGGUAGCCCCUACCUUGAUUUGUCUCUCUUCAGCUACGAUGACAAGUGGGUGUCAGUCAUGGAGCGGCCCAAGACUUGUGGAGAUCACCCUAUCAGGUUCUAUGCCCGGGACUCUGGUCUGCUCAAGUUUGAGAUUCAGGCAGGCUUACUGGGCCGCCCCAUCAACCACACGGUGCGACGCCUUGUUGCCUUCACCUUCCACCCUUUUGAGCCUUUUGCUAUCUCUGUGCAGAGGACUAACGCUGAGUAUGUUGUCAACUUCCAUAUGCGACACUGCUGCACGUAGGUGCCUCACCAGAGCGGGUCAUCUGGUCUUCCAAGACUCUUCCCCCUUCAUAUCUCAGUGGACUGUAAAGCAGAAGCUCCUGACUCUCAGCCUUGUCGGUUCCAGACUGUAUACCUCAGAUGGGGAGAGCCAUGUGGCUCAGCCUGACGGAAUUUUUUUGUCGUACACAGUACAACUACCGAUCGACUUAAAGUCCUCUUGCCUUUUCCCUGUGGGAAUGCCCAGCAUUAAUUAAGUCCAUUUAAGUUUUGUUUUAUUUUGCAUUUUAUUGCUAUGAAGAUGAGAGCAUUACACCUCUGCCUCCUUCAUGUCACUUCUUUGGCAUUAUGGUAUACAGCCUGAAGCAGGUGAAUCUUGUUUA